AUGCCGUACAGCAGCAGCAACAAAAGCAGCAACAGCAGCAACAACAAGAUGUACUUUCUCUUGUGCUUGUGGGCAGCAAUGCUGAAUCGUUCCGAGUCAUUUGUUUCUUCCCCGAGAACUAGAAUUUCGUUGCAACAAUAUCCACAACAAGACGCAAACAAUCCAUCCUUCACGGCAGCAUUGUUGUCAUUAAACGUCCACACAGUCCGAGACGCUGACAUGUACGAAAGGAUGAUGGGGGGAGAGCGCUACGAAAUGGUCCCACUUCCAGAUUCCAUGCUCCAAACCACGCUCUUUGUGGGAAACUUGAACGAGUUUGUCCACGACGACGACCUCUCCCGACUCUUUGCCCCCGUAACCGAAUGGUCCUCCAUUCCCGCCUGCGUGGUCCGCAAACCCAACAUGGCCUCCCUCAAGUAUGGAUUUGUCACCUUUCCUACCGAAGAACAAAAGAAUCAAGCCCUCUUGAGAUUUCACAAUGCAGAACUUCAAGGCAAGCCCCUCAAGGUGGAAGAGAUUCGAGAUCAUCCCAAAAAGGGACGGGUCCGGGUUCCCGAAAAGAUGGUGGCCUAUGUCAUUGGUGGAAUCAAGAAUUGCAGCAAGUCCUCUCGAAAGAAUCAAGUCAAUACCAUGCGACAAGUCCGCAGUCAGACCAAAUUGCAAAAGAAGAUUAAACGAAAGGAAAAAAUCAAGAAUAAGCGCAACAACAAGACGAAACCCUUUUCCCAUCCUGCCACGACUUCCACCACGCUGAUGGACAGUGUUCCUGAAGUCCAAGUCCAAAUCCAAAUCAACGAGCCACCACCACCAAAAAAAAAGCAACGGCGUCUCUCCCAACAAAAAUCAGAACGAUACAAACUAACCAGCAAGGAACAACAAGAACUCCAACGAGCGCUCCGCAAAGGCUAUGUCACCUUGGAAGGCACGGGCUUUCGGCGGGGUCGAAAAUCCUCCAAUUUGGCCUGUGCUCAUCGGCAAUGGUGUUGUUUGCAAGCCUCCAAGCCACAAAUUGUCUUGUGCAAGGCCAGUGGGGGAAGACCUUUGGAUUGUCUCAUUGUCGAUUUGAGUCCACUCCGCGAACGACUCUUAUUACUAUUAUUACAGCAGAAUGAUGACGACGAUGAUGGUGUAGUGCACGAGAAUGCUGCUGUCCACCACAACCACAAUGGUUUUCUUCUCGGGGAACAACAACAACAAGAAGAAGAAGAAGAAGAAAACCAAGUGGAGGAAUCAACAACCUCCGACAAUGAAUUGUUGUGGAGGUUGUGGAAUGGACCUAUCAUUCAAGCGGCCCAAAAUGCGGGGAUGGAACUACGCACCGAUUACAUUCAAGACAAUACAUUGAGUGAUUUGAGUGCAUUCCAAGACUUGCAAGACGAAUUGGUGGGCUUUGGAAAUUUGCCCAUUUCCCAACUACCGUCCAUUAGCAUGGGGGUCUUUGAAGGAGAACGGAGCCAAGCCAAGGCCAUGGCACGAGAAUUGGCAAACUUGUGGGAAAUUCCACAACUUGAUAAUGGUGGUGGCGGUGGCGCUGUUUGUGGUGUAGUGACUAGUGGUGGUGGUGGAGAUAAGAUGGUGUACAGCAGUAAGAACGGCAAUCACUCGAAACCCAACAAGAAAUUCAAACGGUCUGAUCACAACAGUCAAAGGCGACAGAGGAGGCAAAGAGAAAAUGACUUUUUUUCUAAUAACCAUGCAAGAGGAGCUGAAAGUCUUUGUUGA